AGGCAUUGAAUUGCAAGUAUUUAGACAGCUAUGUACCGGAAUCUUCAUUAUCGCUCACCAUCUUGUGUGACGUGCGUUUUAGCCAGUACUGAGAAAUUCUGUUUUUGUUUAUUGAAUGUGUCAUUCUGAUUACACAACAUGGUUUGGGAUGAUGCAUAGUUUUGCAAGUUGUGUUUUUUGUUUUAUUUAGGGGGGAAAUGAGAGGGAAGAAUGCAUCUUUUAAAGUGUCUCAUUUUGUAUUCCUUAGGUAGGGUGACACACUAAAGCUCUUAAUGUUUGUGAUGUCUUUGACUGGAUUUUUUUUUAUACCCGUUUAUCUCUUUCCCCAUCACUGAUAGAGGAGGUGGAGAUGACGACGAGAAGAACUGAUAUCGUGACUUCCAUUUUCUACUUCAAGAUGAAAUCUCUUCAGAUGACAGUGUUGAGAAAAGUAACAAAAGGGAGACAUUUGCAGAGAGAAUAGCGUGACCGUGUUGAAGUACGACUCUGUCAGUUACACGGCCCGCACAGUUAAUUGACAAACGACAAACUGCCUUUGUAAUGGGAGUGAAUUUAUGCUUCUGGAUUCUUGGUCUCUACCUGGCCCUACCUUUGGAAGGGAUAUAUCCUCCACUCUGUCAAACAGGGUAUACGAUUUCUAAGAUUGGAAGUGGCUGUUCUGAUACAGAUGAGUGUGUGGAAGAUCCCUCCAUCUGUGGGAACCAUUCUACUUGCUUCAACACCCUUGGUAGCUACCACUGUCAGUGUCAUCCUGGGUUCGAAUCUAGGAUCGCUUAUUUCACCUCCGCAGAUGGAGGAUGUACAGACAUUGAUGAGUGUGGUGAGGACAGACAUAUUUGUGGGGAGUGGGGAACCUGUCACAAUAGGAAGGGAAGCUACUGGUGCAGUUGUCUCCAGGGAUUCCAUCAGGAAGGAGAUAUAAGUUCUAUGUGUGUAGACGUAAAUGAGUGUAUAGGGGCUGGCAACAAAUACCCCUGUGGCGAGAAUGGAACCUGCUGGAAUCUGGAGGGCAGCUACAGGUGUCAUUGUCCCCCUGGAUUCACUACCUACGGCAACAACCAAUCUAAGUGUCAAGAGCUGAAUUGUGACCCUUUUGCAACUCAGAGUACACCUGAACAGACUCUACCAGGUUUUGACAGCCUCUUGUCUCUCCUGAGAAACAACUGUUUGGUGUUGAUUAACUCCUCUGGGUUGGCUGGAGCUACAGAAAAGACUGGAGAGGCGCUUUUGACAGUACUGGCCAAUGUCACUGAUGUUCUUCAACUCCAGUCCAAUGGUCAAGGGGGUAACAGCGGGAAAGUGACUACGCUACUGAGGACAGUAGAAAACUCUAUCAGACUGAUUGCUCCACAGCUGAGAGAAAAUGUGAGCAGGAUAAAUACAAGCCAUACAGAGGUAGAAGUUGUGGUGAGGAGGGACAGGACACCACCCCGAGGACCAGUCAGACUGACAAAUGAAAACAUCCAACUUGACACCACCUGGGAGACGGCGAUCGGAGAUGACACGAAUUUCCCAGGUUUUGCGUUUGCCAUUUUGCUCAGCUACAAGAGUCUGCAGACUUUGACCAACAGCUCCGAGCAGCUCUCCUCCAGAGUGGUGACUGUAUCUGUUAGCAACCCCAACACAACAAACCUGUCUGAACCGAUCAUUCUCACCUUCAAUCACUUGAAGUCCAGUGAUGCGAAUACCACCUGUGUUUAUUGGUCAGAGGAUGGUGAGGGGGCUUGGUCAAUCCAGGGCUGCGCCUCCGUGAUGUCCAACUCCACCCACACUGUGUGCUCCUGCACCCAUCUCAGCAGCUUUGCCCUGCUCAGGGGAAUCCAAGAGAAUAAGAAAUGCAGACAGUUGGUGAUGUGGGCGGGCGCUUCCGUGGCGCUGGCUUGUGUGGUCCUAUCCCUGCUCAUGACCCUGUGGUGUCGCUUUGUCAGCAAAAAGCGCAAUGGAGGGAGCCGACCAGAACAGCAUUUUAACCUCUAAAGCACCUCAAUUUAGACAGCAGGGAUUUCUAAAAUCUAUUUCCUGUGUUUUGUAUAUAAUCCCACCCUAUGUCAAUUUACUGUAAAAUAACUAUUUAGACUGUGAACAAACUGUUAGAAAAUGUAAAUAUGAUGUUUCAGUUUCAACCUCAGUCAAUUGAUAAACAUGAUUUCAUGAAAUAUAUAAAUGUAUUUUGAUAUUAUUGAUUGUUCUCAAUUCCCAUCAAUGUCAAUUUACUUUUAUCACUGUUCAAUUGUACGUAGACGAGUUUACCAUAUAGUAUUAUUGUACAGGUUUAAAUAGCAACUCUGUUGUAAUCAAAGGAAGGACGUAGAUGUUUGUUCAUGAAAGACUGAACACACACCUUUACGCUCACUGUGUAUACUGGACACGUAGAAAGGGACAAACUGCACAUGCAUACCUACAUUACAUUCAUACUGUUAUGUGGCCUGGAGACGGGUUCAAGUGCAUCAGGCAGAUUGUGUGAGAACAUGAAACGAGGAGAACAAAACAUGCGUUAAACAGCAACCUCUUCAAUAUUUCAGGCUUCCUAAGUAGGAAAGCUCAAAUUAGAGUGCUGUGUAGUGAAGCUCAUCAAGUCCAUCAGCUGCAGCUUCCUAAAACCUGGCUUUCCUGAAACGGGUAGGUGAAGAACCGACGGUCCAGGUUGAGUUUCUGUUUUGGUUAGAAUGUCAGAGAAUGAAAAACAUCUUUUAAAGGUCCUGAACAGUUAAAAUUGUGUUUAUCAUCAAAUUGGAUGACUUGGAUUAAACCCUAUCAGAGUAUGACAAACGACUGUCGCUGGUACAUUGAUAAAGUUAGAUCAUAAAUUGACUUGCUUCCUCCUUUAUGUCAAAAUCUUGAAUUCAGGAAUCUAGAUACUGUUUGCUUAUUGGGGAUCGGUGAAACAUCCACAUUUAUUCGCUCAUUUUAAUACACCAAUAGUAACGUCUUAUUCUCAUACCCUAUUUAAAUAAGUACUGCCUUGUAACCAUCAUUGCAGAAGACGUGUUCGCAGAGGGACGUGGUUUACAUAGCUAGCUAGCUAGACUACAGGUGUCAAAAUUUGACUGCAGGGUGUUAUAGGUUUCCCCUAUUUAUCUG